AUGACCACCCCUUGUUCAACGUAUUCAUUCAUAAACAGUAACAAAGACAAACCUCUCCUCGUCGUCGACGACUAUGUCUUUCAACAAAGCGGCAAGUCCACGACGACGACUACCUAUUGGGCAUGCCAAUUCAAGGGCUGUUCGGCCGUUGCUCAUACAAGCACGGGAACUGGUAUUUUGAUCAAACAGAAGAAUGAUCAUUGCCAUCCUUCCGUCCCAGAGAAGAUCGAGAUCCGUAAAUUGAUGAACAAGGUCAAGAGCCGCAUCGCUUGUGAAACAACAGCUAUCGGUCAGAUAUAUGAUCAAGAAAUGGCAAAGGCGAAUCUAUCGACAACAGCUCUUGUUAUGGCACCAACAGCGAUUGAAGCUCGAGCUGGUCUUAAUCUACAACGACGAAAGGCAAUACCGGCUCUUCCUGUCUCAAUCGAUUUCUACAUUCCUCGGUGUUAUAAGGUGGCUCUGAACGGUGAACGUUUUCUUCUCGCCGAUCACGUUUGGCACGCCGAUGCUGGCAUUUCUAAGCGCAUCGUUAUCUUCGCUACAGAUGAACAGCUUAAGUUUCUCUUCAAAUGCACCCACAUCCUGAUGGAUGGCACGUUCAGCACCUCGCCGAAACACUUUACUCAGGUCUAUUCGAUCCAUGGGCUCAAGUACAAACAAAGCUUUCUCUGUGUCACUGUGCUCAUGACUGAACGAAAGACCUUCUCCUAUAAGCAUAUGUUUCGUGUUCUUAGAAGCAAUGCAGUUCGUCUUCAGCUUGGUUUCGAGCCUACUAAGAUAACAACUGAUUUUGAAUCGGCACUCAUCAAUGUCAUCAAAGCUGAAUUCCCAAAUGCUCAGCACAAAGGCUGCUACUUCCAUUAUACAAAUGCCAUCCAUCGGAGAAUCCAGACACUAGGACUCUCCACAGUAUACAAAACCGAACACGAUGCACGCUCAUCUGCACGGAAGCUCAUGGCAUUGGCCUUACUUCCUCUCAAUCAGGUCAAACUCGCUUUCGAUGACAUUGUUGAGGGAGCACCAGAUUCAAUCGAUGAUCUCAUCGAUUAUUUUCGAGAUUAUUGGAUGAAGAACAUGAAUUUGAGCCUAUGGAACGUGGCGGAUCUCGAUGUGCGCACGAAUAAUCACGUCGAGGGCUGGAACAAUCGUUUCAACAAGCGUAUGAAUAAAACUCAUCCGAACAUGUGGGCAUUCAUUGCUUGUUUACAAGCUGAAGAAGUCAUCUUUCGACAACUAUUUCUUAAGUUCAAAGCAGGUGCACAAAAGAAAAUAAUGCUGAAGACAUUGACGAUGCAGAAACACAUCGACAAUCUGAACACUCGCUUCAACAAUAAUGAGAUCGAUCGUGUCGAGCUUCUCGACGGACUCUCAUUAUUAGUGGCCUCAAAGAAAUAA